AUGGCAACUCCGACUUUGAUUGGGAUGCCUGAACCUCCAUCAAAUCCAGAAACUCCCACAGAGGCACCGGGCACCCCAAAUUCCACCACAACCUCGCUCUCAGCCCUCUCAACAACUGCCAUAAAAGAUGGUCAUCGUGGCUCCUCUUUCCCUCAUGGCGGUCCAGGACAUCGUCACACCCCAUCCAGCAAUGAAGCAGAACGCGAGCGUGCCGAUCGCAUCUCCUUCCUCGCUGGUCUCGAACGAGUUUCCACCGUUAGAGCUCCGAAUCAAAAUGCAGGAGCAGCUGGUGCUGGACCUUCCGCCAACGUAGGCCAGAUUCCAGGUUACUUUGACCAAAAUGGAAAUCCUGUGUACACAACAAAGAUGUCCACUGUUGGUUCAGCGUCUGCCACUGGCUCAAUUGGUGGCCGGACCACAACUUGGGCGAGUGGAAGCCAAAAGGGACAAACAGAGGCUGGAGAUGAAGAUCAAAUGAGCAUGGAUACGAAUUAUAGGGACAUGGAUGACAGGGAUCGGUUUUCAGCCAGUGCUAUGGACGAAGACAUGGAUGGAGAUGGUAUGAGUGAUGAUACAAGUCUCGUGGGCUUUGGAGAGGGUGCUGGCAGUACCGUCAGUGGACCAAUCUAUAACAGGAGAGACCUGAAUGCUAGUCCAGCCGUGGGAAGAAGUGGAUUAGCUAGUCAAGUUAGUGGACCUGGCACCCCGCUCAGUGCGUCCACGACAGCCACGGCCGAGCAGCAAAGAAGAGACGCGAGGAUGAUUGAUGGCCUGGCAGAUGACGCACCUGGUUAUGUUGAUACGGCCGCAAGAGGUGGUGUUGGCAGUCGAGGUUCCGGCGCUGAUGCUGUUGAGAGGAUCGUGAGAGAUAGACUUGACGAAGGAGAGGGACGAAAACCCGCGAUGGGCAGUCCUGAUGAAGCAGGUCUGGGUAAAUUCUACUUCGAGGAAAGAAAGUAG